AUGAAGAAUUCAUUAGAAAAUGACGUUUUCACUUACAAUUUUAACUGUAAACCUGAGUAUGGAUUAGCUUAUGCGUACACGUAUUUCAACUCGCACUUAAUUUUUCUUUGUCCAGCUUAUCACCCUCAAGGAAUAUUUUCAGGAUCCGAAAAUAAAGUAGGUACCAUUGUACAUGAAAUAGCCCAUGCAAGAGUUUCGAAACAUGACAUAAUUUAUGGUCGUUGGGGCUGUAAAAACCUGGCUAAGGAUGAGCCAUAUAAAGCUCUUAACAACGCUGAUAAUUACGCAUAUUUUGUGGAAACGCUGUACCCUUUCAACAGCGGAGUAGACGCAGCAACCACAACGCCAGAUGGUUUUACAUAUUUGUUUAAAGGAAACUUUUUUGUCAGAUUUAAAGGUAGCGUUACUAGCUUUUCGCCUCGUUGGCCAGUUUUGUUUAAAGAGCGCUUUGGAAAUUUGCCUGCCAAGUUCGGUCAAGGAUUAGACAGUUUUCUUUGUCUAAAGACAUUUGGCUAUUCUUAUGCCACAAAAGGCAGUGAAUACAUUCGUUUUAAAAGCACAAACUCGCCAGCGCUGUCUAAUGGCUACCCCGCAUCUCUUCAGGCAGGAUGGGGCGUAUCUUCAGAGUUUUCCCUAGGUUUUGAUUCUUCAGUUCAGCUUUCUAAUGGUCUCACCUACGUAACUAAAAAGGACUUGUUUAUAAAAUACUCUGAUAAUUCAGCAUCUUCUGUAAAUAGUGGUUAUCCCAAGAAGCUCGACAGUGGGGAAUGGGGAGAUUUGCCAGAAAACUUUAAAAGUGGAUUUGAUGCGAUGACCGUCUUUCAAAAUAAAAAACUUCAUGUGUUCAAGGGGUCCGAGUACAUUCGAUACAGUAAUUUUCCAACUAUUGAUUUAGGUUAUCCUUCACCAAUCAAGGGAAACUGGGGCGACAUUCCUCAAGAUUAA